CAAUGCAUACUUCACGUGUUUUUGCUUGCCUAUUACUACAUCUAUAUCUUGUGGAAGCCCUUGUACCAAGAGAAAAACUGGAAGUGUUCGAUUUUUCCCCUCAACUAAGUACACUAACUUUCGAAGGUUUCUCCAAAAAUUGUUCGCAACAGCUAUCUAACUAUGUCACGGAUCUCUUGGAUAUGAAGCGAUGGGCAGUAGAAAUGCAUGACGCGUCCGGAAAGUAUCCAACGGCGAAUGUGGGCGGCAACUCUUUCUCACUGGGAUCUUUUGACCAGUGUAUAAAUAUCGCUGGAGGUCCACCAGAAACUGUAAUCUCCGGCAAAUACUGCCUUGGUAAACUGUUUACGUUUUUGCAACCGAGUAUGGAUCGACCUACCUUUGAGGAUAUCACCAUUGGUAUCUGCAUACCAAGUGCGUGCACGGGCAAAGAAUUUGCAAAGUAUUAUAAGAAGAGCAAAAUGGUAUCCGUAUCGGAGGAUUCUUGUCAAACUAAAAAAACUCAUUUCCAAUUAGACGUUGGAACCAAAAUUGUUUUAACUUUUUUUACUCUCUGGAUUUUAUGGGUAAUAUUCUCCACGAUUUAUGACAUAGUAAUUCAACAUCUGAACAAGGAGCCUUCGCAUUGGUUAUUGGUUUCCUUUUCCUGUUACACAAACGCCAAGAGGCUUUUUGAUAUAACCACAGACGAAACUGAGAUCACCUGUUUACGUGGAAUGCGGGUGUUAACGAUGAUAUGGGUCAUUGUAGCGCAUCACCAUAUGCUUGCUUAUACUUUGCCACAAAGGAAUAACUACAAAGGGGAGUUUUUCGCAACGCAUAUUACACAGGGUAUAGUGGCCACUGGAUCCGAGGCUUCGGUCAAUACUUUCUUUUUGUUGAGCGGAUUGACUUUGUCCUAUGUUUUCAUGAGAAAAACAGGCAAGCUAGAGAAGUUCAAUCUAUUGGCGUUUUACAUUCACAGAUACGUUAGAUUGACACCAACGCUGGGUGUCAUUAUUCUUGUUUAUGUCUUCUUAUUGAAGCAUAUGGGAUCCGGACCCUUGUGGUCCGAAAUCGUUGGACGAGCAUCUGGCGCUUGUGAGAGAAACUGGUGGAAAACCUUGCUGUAUAUUCAAAACUUUGAUCACCCCGAUGGCAUAUGCGUAGGGCAGACGUGGUUCCUUGGGAUGGACACGCAACUUUACCUUCUGUCACCACUGGUGCUAUUACCUUUACUAAAAAAGCCAAAGCUAGCUCUAUAUGCAAUUGGCUGUCUUGCCAUGGGCUGCGUGAUUUUGAGUAUUAUCCCAACGUUGCUCUUUCGUGAACCUGGAUAUUCGCCGAUUAUUAGGCAGAUGCACGAUUGGGCGCCUUAUAACGUGGCUGGUCCGUGGUUGCUUGGAACGAUUUUGGGCUACCUCAUAUACAGUAACAGUAACAGAAAGUCGGACACAAAAAUUAAUAAAAUCUGUGUUGUAGUUUUAUGGACAACUGCCAUUGUUGUGAUACUCGCGUGCAUGUUUUUUCGAUUUCGCAGUAUUGCAUUUAUAGUAAUUGCAAGACGUCUUACACGAACUGCAUGGUCACUUGCUGUUGCGUGGAUAAUUUAUGCCUGCCAGUUUGGAUAUGGGGGGAUAGUAAACAGAUUUUUGUCUAGCAAAAAAUUUAAAUUUUUAUCAAGGAUAUCGUAUAGUGUCUACUUAUCACAUAUUUUGGUUCAAAUCAUCCUAAUCGAAAGCAUGCAGAUGCCACUCGUUUUAACGGAAAGUUAUUUGCUGGAAAUACUAUUGAUUAAUUUUGCCAUUACACUUCCGGUAUCAAUUUUUUUAACAAUAACAUGUGAAUCCCCACUCAUAUUCAUCGAGAAAAUGGUACUAAGCAGUCCUAGGAAUCAAAUGAAAAAUGUUGAUAAGUCAAAAGGUAUUUGAUAGGACCUUGGGAUAACGUUCAUCAUCGUUUCUACACCGAGUAUUGUACAUACAAGGUAUUAGAGGACACAUAUCAACUUUAUUAGGUUCUACCAUUGAAUAAGAAGCACAGGUUUUUGUUCGAUGGUUCUACUAAGAAUAUAAUAAUACCUAUAUUAUAAAAAUGGCUAAGUUAUAAAUUGUAACAAUAUGUGUGUUCGAAAUAAGGUUUAAUAUUGAUAAAUAGUAAUUUAAUUAAAAAGAACAAAUUCAUUAGUAAAUCGAUCCAUUUA